AUGGUGGGCGGCCUCCUAACACACGACACCAACGGCCCAGAACAAGCUCACGAAUUGUAUCAGAAGUUGAAAUUACUGAUGUCUAUUAACUAUGAAGAAGAUUGUGUGCAGACACUGAAGGCUCUCUGUCUCAUGUCUUGCUGGAGUGUAAAGCCAUCAAGUCCCGUGAAUCUUGAUGGGCCGUGGAUUUGGACAGGACUCGCUAUACAGCUUGUGACACAAAUGGGCUUGCACAGAGAAGGUACAUAUGCAACAAGGGCUAACUCGGGAUGCCUACGGCGAGUAUUCUGGUACCUCUUGGUAGCUUGCUGGGGUCGGCCUCCACGACUGAGACAGAAAGACUUGGAUGUGAGACCUCCGACAUUGGAAGACUUUGAGGUCCCGAACAUGCAAUCGUUAGUAUUCAUAGAGACAACCAAGCUCUGCACGGUAAUGACUCGCAUUGCCAAGUUAUACAUGGAAAGGCACCAUAUCCAACAAUCGGAACUGUCGAGUAUUGAUGCUGCUUUGUGUGACUGGGUGAACAGCCUCCCAGAAGAUCUUCGGCUAUAUAAUGCAAACGAUCAAAGAAAGGCGUAUUACCGCCCGGCGUCAGAGUUAUUCAUUCAGUACUUCGUGGUUAUUGUAAUGAGUCAGAUGCUGAGGUACAAGGAAAGAGACAGGCCGUGGAGAGUAUCUGUUGUGUCACGCAUUGCUGCGUCCUGUGCCUCUUUCCUAUAUGAUGAGAUAUUAUGUCGGGAAGAAACUGUCUUUCUUCUCCCGAAUCACGGGUUCUUCUGCUUGGCCAUCUCGCUUCCCUUGAUUUGCCAUUAUCCUCAGCUGGAGCCGGAGAGCACAGUGAGGAAAAGAGACAUAGCUAUCGUCUGUUCUGUCCUGAACAAAAUGCGAGAUAGGUAUGGAGAUGCAGAUAUGGUACUGGAGAAAAUGAGGAGAUUGCGAGAGACCGUUGAGAGAUCCUCACGAGUGAACGGAGGGCCCGAUGCUAUACCAUCGGAUAUCCAGGGCUCUGACGUUCGAGCGAAAGAGCUUUUCCCCUUCCCACUCGAUAUGUGCAGGGAGAUGAAUCUGCUAGAAUCGGUCAAUGCACCUGAUCCCCAGCAUUCCCAAAAUACCGGUUCUCUGCCGUUGGAUGAGCACACCGAUAAUCCCUUCUUCGGGCUCAGUUUCAUGGAUUUUUUUGAACCGGAUCCUAACAUGUUCGACUUUACGAUUGACUCUGAACCGAAUGCAUAUUCGACGCAGGAGGUUUUCUCAUGA